AUAUUCACUUCCGUUUUCUUUUCAUACCGGCAUUGUACUAGUCUCUAGAUUAAAGAUGAAGUUGUGGGUGGCAGCUAUACUGUUAUCUUUUACCUGUUAUACAUUUGGAGAUGAGGAAAAUUCAGCUCGUUUGUUAGCAUCUAAAAAUAUACUCAAUCAGUAUUUAGUAGAAGGAAGAGAUUUAACAGUAGAAUAUAAAAUAUAUAAUAUAGGAGCUAGUGCUGCCUUAGAUGUAUCUCUGCGGGAUGAUGGUUUUCCUGAAGCAGAUUUUGAAGUAAUUCGUGGGAACUUAGAAGUUAAAUGGGACAGAAUUGCUCCUGCAUCUAAUGUUACACAUGUAGUUGUAGUGAAACCACUUCAAUAUGGAUACUUCAACUUUUCAUCUGGUGUUGUAACUUACAAGGAUACAGAAGACUCAACUGAAAGCACUAUUGGAUAUACUACUGCUCCAGGAGAAGGAGGGAUUGUUAAUAGUAAAGAUUUUGAUAGAAAAUUCUCACCUCAUGUAUUGGACUGGUCAGUGUUUGCUGUGAUGACCCUGCCAUCUUUAGUCAUUCCAUUUCUACUAUUUUACAGAAGUAAAAGCCGAUAUGACCAACCUAAACCAAAGAAAAAUUAACAUUUGUCUAUGCAAUUAUAAUUUUUCUUUAAUAAAAACUUUUAUAAUUUUA